UGGAGCGGUCGGUGCUGAGUGUCUGCUGCAGGUCCGGGUCCUGGCGCUGGAUUCCCCCAUCGGGCUUUUUUUUUUUCUUUUUUUUUUUCUUUUUUUUUUUUUUUUUUUUUUUUUGGGAAGGGUGAAUGUCGAAUGAUCCUUCUUUUGUAACUGGGGAUACAAACACUAAAUACUGAGAGAAGCCUCCGCUCCCUUCGCACCUUUAUUUCUGCCUAAAGGCCCCCCUGCAUGUCUAAUAUUUAGACAUGUUGAGUUUAUUGGAUUCCAGGACUGUACUGCUACUUGUAGCGACCCAAGCGUGUCUAUUAGCCGUGGUGAGAUGUCAGGAGGACGAGCAGGAGGAUGCUUUUAGCUGUGUACAGGAUGGACAGCGGUAUAGUGAUAAGGACGUAUGGAAACCAGAGCCUUGUCGCAUCUGUGUGUGUGACACUGGAACCGUCCUGUGUGAUGAGAUUGUCUGCGAGGAGCUAAAAGACUGCCCCAAACCUGAAAUCCCAUUUGGAGAGUGCUGCCCCAUCUGCGCUGCUGACCAGUCGCCACCCAUUGGAGCACCCGGAGCAAAGGGUCAGAAAGGUGAACCCGGAGACAUUACUGAUGUUGUAGGACCAAGAGGACCAGCUGGCCCCAUGGGCCCUCCAGGAGAGCAAGGACCCCGCGGAGCGAGAGGAGAGAAAGGAGAGAAGGGAAGCCCUGGUCCCCGUGGCAGAGAUGGUGAGCCCGGCACCCCCGGAAACCCCGGCCCCCCUGGACCUCCAGGACCUAAUGGCCCCCCUGGCCUCGGUGGGAACUUUGCUGCUCAGAUGGCCGGAGGUUUCGAUGAGAAGGCUGGCGGCGCACAGAUGGGCGUGAUGCAAGGACCAAUGGGCCCUAUGGGACCAAGAGGACCGCCUGGCCCCUCCGGAUCACCUGGCCCACAAGGUUUCCAAGGCAACCCAGGAGAGGCUGGAGAGCCCGGACAAUCUGGCCCCAUGGGUCCCCGUGGACCUCCUGGACCCCCUGGAAAACCUGGAGAUGAUGGUGAAGCUGGCAAACCUGGUAAAGGAGGUGAGCGUGGACCGACUGGACCUCAGGGAGCUCGUGGAUUCCCAGGAACCCCUGGUCUGCCGGGCAUCAAAGGACACAGAGGUUACCCCGGUCUUGAUGGUGCAAAGGGAGAAACCGGAGCCGUUGGUGCAAAGGGUGAGGCUGGCGCUCCUGGAGAGAACGGUGCUCCUGGACCCAUGGGACCUCGCGGUUUGCCUGGUGAGAGAGGACGCCCCGGACCCAGCGGAGCUGCUGGAGCUCGUGGAAAUGAUGGCUUGUCCGGUCCUGCCGGUCCUCCCGGUCCCGUUGGUCCUGCUGGAGCUCCGGGUUUCCCUGGCUCUCCUGGUGCAAAGGGAGAAGCUGGACCGACUGGCGCUCGUGGACCGGAGGGUGCUCAGGGACCCCGAGGAGAGUCAGGUACUCCUGGAUCAUCUGGACCUUCUGGAGCUUCUGGUAAUCCUGGAACCGACGGCAUCCCUGGAGCUAAAGGAUCAGCUGGUGCUCCUGGUAUCGCCGGUGCUCCUGGUUUCCCCGGACCUCGAGGACCUCCUGGGCCUCAGGGGGCCACCGGACCACUCGGACCUAAAGGAACAUCUGGAGAUCCAGGUAUUCCAGGAUUCAAGGGAGAGGCUGGACCCAAAGGAGAAAUCGGACCAGCUGGUCUUCAGGGACCAAACGGCCCACAGGGAGAGGAAGGCAAGAGAGGACCCAGGGGUGAGCCUGGCGCUGCUGGACCACUCGGACCUCCAGGAGAGAGAGGAGCCCCCGGUAACCGUGGUUUCCCCGGUCAGGAUGGUCUGGCGGGUCCCAAGGGAGCCCCAGGUGAGCGAGGACCCUCUGGGGCCAGCGGUCCCAAGGGAGCCAACGGUGACCCUGGACGUCCCGGAGAGCCCGGUCUGCCCGGUGCCAGAGGUCUGACUGGACGCCCUGGUGAUGCUGGUCCUCAAGGCAAAGUUGGACCCUCUGGAGCUGCUGGUGAGGAUGGUCGCCCCGGACCCCCCGGACCGCAGGGCGCCCGCGGACAGCCUGGCGUUAUGGGAUUCCCUGGACCCAAAGGAGCAACUGGCGAACCUGGAAAGUCUGGUGAGAAAGGACUGCUUGGAGCUCCGGGUCUAAGAGGUCUGCCUGGUAAAGAUGGAGAAACUGGCGCAGCUGGACCCCCAGGCCCUGCAGGUCCUGCUGGAGAAAGAGGAGAGCAAGGACAGCCGGGCCCCUCAGGCUUCCAGGGUCUGCCUGGACCUCCUGGCCCCCCAGGUGAAGGAGGCAAGCCCGGAGACCAGGGCGUCCCAGGAGAGGCUGGCGCUGCCGGUGCCACUGGACCUAGAGGCGAGCGAGGUUUCCCCGGAGAGAGAGGAGCCGCCGGUCCUCAGGGUCUGCAGGGACCGAGAGGUCUGCCGGGAACUCCUGGAACUGACGGACCCAAGGGAGCGAUCGGACCUGCUGGGACCGGCGGAGCUCAGGGACCCCCUGGUCUGCAGGGUAUGCCCGGAGAGCGAGGAGCUGCUGGCAUUCCUGGACCCAAAGGAGACAGAGGUGACCUUGGAGAGAAGGGACCUGAAGGUGCUCCUGGAAAAGACGGUGCUAGAGGCCUCACGGGUCCCAUCGGUCCUCCGGGCCCUGGUGGUCCCAACGGUGAGAAGGGUGAAUCUGGUCCUGCUGGCCCCUCUGGAGCUCCUGGUACCCGCGGUGCUCCCGGCGACAGGGGAGAGACUGGACCUCCUGGACCCGCUGGUUUUGCUGGACCUCCUGGAGCCGACGGUCAGCCCGGUACGAAGGGAGAGCAGGGAGAGUCCGGACAGAAGGGAGACGCCGGUGCUCCUGGACCCCAGGGACCAUCCGGCGCCCCAGGACCUGCAGGUCCUACAGGAGUUUCUGGGCCUAAAGGCGCUCGCGGUGCACAGGGACCUUCUGGUGCCACCGGUUUCCCUGGAGCUGCGGGCCGAGUCGGACCGCCCGGUCCCAAUGGUAACCCCGGACCUGCAGGUCCUGCUGGCCCCCCCGGUAAAGAUGGACCUAAGGGUGUGAGGGGAGAUGGCGGACCCCCGGGCAGACAGGGUGACGCUGGACUGCGAGGCCCCGCCGGAGCUUCCGGAGAGAAAGGAGACGCCGGAGAGGAUGGUCCACCUGGUCCUCCCGGACCAUCAGGUCCUGCAGGGUUGGCUGGUCAGCGCGGUAUCGUCGGUCUACCCGGACAGCGUGGUGAGAGAGGCUUCCCCGGCCUGCCUGGACCUUCUGGUGAGCCCGGUAAGCAGGGGAGUCCCGGAGGCAGCGGAGACCGAGGACCCCCCGGACCUGUAGGACCACCUGGACUCACGGGACCCGCAGGAGAGCCUGGCAGAGAGGGCAACCCUGGAUCCGACGGACCUCCUGGGAGAGACGGUGCGACUGGAGUCAAGGGGGAUCGCGGUAACACCGGCCCGGCUGGUGCCCCUGGUGCUCCUGGUGCUCCUGGUGCGUCCGGCCCUGUUGGUCCUACCGGCAAGCAAGGAGACAGAGGAGAGCCUGGUGCACAGGGACCUGCUGGACCUCCAGGACCUGCUGGAGCCAGAGGAAUGCCUGGACCACAAGGACCCCGUGGUGACAAGGGUGAGGCAGGAGAGGCGGGCGAGCGAGGACAGAAGGGACACCGAGGCUUCACCGGUCUGCAGGGUCUCCCCGGACCGCCCGGUCAAGCUGGAGACCAGGGAGCCACUGGACCUGCAGGACCUGCCGGACAGCGCGGACCACCUGGACCUGUUGGCCCUGCUGGAAAGGACGGAUCCAACGGUCUGCCGGGGCCCAUCGGACCGCCUGGACCACGAGGACGCUCUGGAGAGACCGGUCCUUCUGGUCCUCCCGGAAACCCCGGACCCCCCGGACCCCCAGGUCCCCCCGGCCCCGGCAUCGACAUGUCUGCCUUCGCCGGUCUGGGUCAGACUGAGAAGUCCCCCGAUCCUCUCAGGUACAUGAGGGCCGACCAGGCCGCCGGAAACCUCCGCCAGCACGACGCCGAGGUGGACGCCACGCUCAAGUCCCUCAACAACCAGAUCGAGAACAUCCGCAGCCCGGAGGGAUCCAAGAAGAACCCCGCUCGCACAUGCAGGGACCUGAAGCUGUGCCACCCCGACUGGAAGAGCGGAGAGUACUGGAUUGAUCCCAAUCAGGGCUGCACAGUCGACGCCAUCAAGGUCUUCUGCAACAUGGAGACCGGCGAGUCCUGCGUCCAGCCCAAACCGUCCGGCAUCCCUCGCAAGAACUGGUGGUCCAGCAAGAGCAAGGACCGCAAGCACAUCUGGUUCGGAGAAACCAUGAAUGGAGGAUUCCACUUCAGCUACGGUGACGACAGCCUGGCGCCCAACACCGCCGCCAUCCAGAUGACCUUCCUGAGACUCCUGUCCACCGAGGCGUCCCAGAACCUCACCUACCACUGCAAGAACAGCGUGGCCUACAUGGACGCCUCGACGGGCAACCUGAAGAAGGCCGUGCUGCUGCAGGGCUCCAACGACGUGGAGAUCAGAGCCGAGGGCAACAGCCGCUUCACUUACAGCGUGAUGGAAGACGGCUGCACGAAACACACGGGACACUGGGGCAAGACGGUGAUGGAGUACCGAUCGCAGAAGACCUCCCGCCUGCCCAUCGUGGACAUUGCCCCCAUGGAUAUUGGCGGAGCAGAUCAGGAGUUUGGCGUGGAUGUCGGGCCAGUCUGCUUCUUGUAAAGCAGGAGGGACUGAAGAGGAGAGAAAGAAACAAAGUGGCAAUUUGAAAAAAAAAAUGAAUAAGUAAAUGAAAGAGGAGCACGGAGGAGAAAGAAAGAAAGAAAAAUCAAGACACUUUUUUUUUUUUUUUUUUUUAAUGGGACUUUUUUUUCUAAGUAAAAAGUGCUUUUUUUCCAAGUCGAACUCCGUAGGAUAUCUGCACUGAAUGGCACCAGCAACUGUCAUUUGUGAUUCACCCAGCUAGGCCCUCCAGUCAGCUUGCCACCCCCUCCCCCCUACACCCUUCUCACACUCCCCACCCAAACUAUGGACACUGCAUUCCCCCACAUCUCCCUCCCAUCAUCCUUUGCGAUCAGCAGUCUUACUCGUUUAUCCAGGACCAAGAAGGAGGAAGUACGAGGAGAGCCCAGGAGCGCACCAGGGAGCGAGAGAGAGAGAGAGAGAGAGAGCAAAGAGUCGGUGUUAUUUAUUUAUUGUUUAGGUUUGGGUCCCAGGUGUGGUAGGACUGUUGCUAAGAAGUAAAACAGCCCACUUAAACAUAUUUAAUAAAAGGAGAGAGAGGAAAAAAAAAAAAACGCUAUUCACCUAGUUUUUCUCUUACUUCCUCCUUUUUUCUUUUUAA